CAUUCCCUUUUAAGAUUCCUGAAUAUUUACUUUAUUUUUAAUGAAGUUAACAUGGACUUUACCAGCUGCCCACUCAUUUUCCAUCAAGAAGAAAGUUUCUUCUGUUUGGACAAAAUUUGUGUUCAAGAGAAGAUGAGAACAAGUUGUCGGUGGUCAGUUAUUAACACCCUUUCUUCCAUUUUAUCUUGCUACACAAUUUUCAUACUGUUUUCUGCUCUUCAGGCCUGCUUUGCUAGGGAUAAUAUUACUAUUGAAAGCGGGCUUGCAGAUGGACAAACUCUUGUUUCAGCUGGAAAUAAAUUUCAAUUGGGGUUCUUUGGUCCAUCAAGAGGCUCUAAUGUGAAGAGAUAUGUGGGGAUAUGGUAUGCUUCCAAUUCACAAAUAGUGGUUUGGGUUGCUAAUAGAGACAAUCCAAUUUUAGAUAGGACUGGAGUUUUAUCUAUUGCAAAUGACCAACUGAAGUUAUCCGAUGAGAAAGGGAAAAUUUACUGGUCCACACAGCGUGGAGCUAAGCGUUCGAAACUUGUGGCGAAGCUUAACUAUACCGGUAACUUCAUUCUACUCGAUGAACGGUUGAGGGUCAAUCUGUGGGAAAGCUUUACUGAACCAACAGAUACGUUUCUUUUCGGUAUGAAGAUGGACGCAAAGUUUUUAUUAACUUCAUGGAGCAGUGAAGAAGAUCCAUCAUCAGGGAACUUCAUAUUUAAGCAAGAUCAAGGAGUGGAGCAGCUUGUUGUAAUGGAAAAGAGUACCAUUCACUGGAAAUCAAGUAGGCCAGAUGCAGGUAAAAUCAUUAAAUCGGAUGAACUGCCUCCUACAAUAGUCAACUUCUUGACUUUUAGCCAGAGUAACAACCCAAGAGUUUACCAAGAUAAAAGAAUGGUAAUGACUUUCAAUGGAAAAUUACAGUAUUGGGAUUUCGAUGCAGACAUGAACAGUUGGUCCUCGAUAUGGUCGGAGCCAAACAAUAAUUGUAGUGUGUUCAAUUUUUGUGGCAACUUUGGCACCUGUAAUACCAACAGCGGGUUGCCAUGCAAGUGCUUACCGGGUUUCCAACCUAAAUUCAUGGACAAAUGGAAAGCCGGAGAGUUUUCGGACGGUUGCUCCAGAAACCAUACAUCAUCAUGUGGCAAUUACUUCUUGAGCUUGAAAAGAAUGAAAGUAGAAAAUUCAGACUCAUCGUACGAGGCCAAGGAUGAAACAGAUUGCAGAGGGGAGUGCCUCAAGAACUGUCAGUGCCAGGCUUAUUCAUUUGUAGGCCAGAGAGACUACACUACUUCAUGCUUGAUUUGGUCAGAGGAUCUCAAAGAUCUUCAGGAGGUUGAAGACGAUGGCUACGAUCUCAACAUACGGGUAGCAUUGUCCGAUAUAGAAGCAUCAACUAGAAAUUGUGAGACUUGCGGCACAAACUCAGUACCUUAUCCCCUAAGCACAGGGCCAAAAUGUGGUGAUCCAAUGUACUUCAGUUUCCAUUGUAAUAACGAUACCGGCAAACUAAGCUUCAUGGCGCCUAAUGGCCGAUAUAGUGUUGUUGCAGUCAAUCCAGAUGCGAGAACAUUUGUCAUCCAAAUGAAAGCCGAAGAGGCAAAUAAUUGCGCAGCUCUGCAUGCUUCAGCAAGCAGAAUUUUGCAGUUCAAUCAAUCUUCACCAUUCAAUGUGACCAGCAGCUGCAGUGGUGAACUUGGCAACUUAACUUCGGAUUCUACACUAGAAGGUACGGUUGAAGUAGAAAUCAGUUGGAAGCCACCGCUAGAGCCAAUGUGUUCUUCAUCUGCGGACUGCAAAGAUUGGCCACAUUCGACUUGCAAUGAAAACAAAAAUGGACAAAGAAGGUGCCUUUGCAAUUCCACCUAUCAUUGGGAUGGCUUGGUUUUAAACUGUACUCGAGAAGAUGGACAGUUGGGAGAGUCUUCCGAUAAAAGCAAGCCACUCGCUUUGAUCCUAGGAAUAUCUUUGCCAAUUGGGACAGCCUUUUUGUGUGCUGCAGUUUCGAUUUAUGUGUGGAGAGAAAAGGUGGUAAAGAGGCGAGAAAAACAAAGACAAGCUGUUCUUCAUAUGUAUGACACUGAGAAAGGGGUUAAAGAGUUAAUAGACUUGACCCCAUUCGAGGAAAAAGAUCAUGGGACGGGCAUAGACGUGCCUUUCUUUGAUUUUGAAAGCAUACUAGCUGCAACAAACAAUUUCUCAGAAGAAAACAAACUUGGAAAAGGAGGGUUUGGGCCUGUUUACAUGGGUAAAUUUCCAGGUGGUGAAGAAGUUGCUGUAAAGAGGCUCUCCAGUGUUUCAGGACAGGGCUUGGAGGAAUUUAAGAAUGAGGUGGUGUUGAUUGCUAAACUUCAACAUAGGAACCUUGUGAGACUUUUGGGAUAUUGCAUUAGAGGAGAGGAAAAGAUUCUUCUCUAUGAAUAUAUGCCCAACAAAAGCUUAGACUCUUUGUUAUUUGGUGAAUCAUCAAGUCAGCAAUUGGACUGGGCGACACGCUUCAACAUCAUUUUGGGAAUUGCCAGAGGAUUGCUUUAUCUUCACCAAGAUUCCAGGUUGAGAAUCAUUCACAGGGAUUUGAAAACUAGUAACAUACUGCUGGAUGCAGAGAUGAAUCCGAAAAUAUCCGACUUCGGUCUUGCGAGGAUGAUCCAAGGAAAACAGACCGAAGCAAACACGCUUAGAGUAAUUGGCACAUAUGGAUAUAUGGCGCCAGAAUAUGCAUUAGAUGGACUUUUCUCAGUAAAAUCCGAUGUUUUUAGCUUUGGUAUAGUGGUGCUUGAGAUCAUUAGUGGAAAAAGGAACAUGAGAUUCUAUCAAGUGAAAGAUGAUGCCCCAAGCCUAGUAGGUUAUGGAUGGAGACUGUGGCAAGAAGGCAAGGCAUUGGAUUUAAUGGACGAGAGAGCAGGGUCAAAUUGCAAUGAAAGUGAGUUCAUUAGAUGCGUACAUGUUGGGCUGUUAUGCAUACAGGAAGAUCCCAGUGAGCGACCCACAAUGGGUGAUAUUGUUUUAAUGCUUAGUGGUACCCAAAGUUCAAAGCUUCCCAUACCUAAACAGCCAGCCUACGUUAUUAGGAGACCCCUUUCUGCCACAGCUUCUUUGUAUAGUAAUGCAGAAACUAAUACUGAAAUCACUUCUUCUAUUGAAGAAGGUCGAUAGUGAAAGCGCUCGUCAUCAUUGUUUUUUUGUUUUUCAUAUGCCGCACCAAGGGGCAGACAUAGGCCUCCCCAAAUGUCAAAAUUGUUUUAUAAUCUUUUUGAAAAUUGUAAGAUAAUAACUUUAUAUAAUGAUAAAAUUUAUCUUAUAAAAUUUUGUUCAAAAA